AUGCUUGCAGGUCUGCUAACGUUCACAGGUCUUUGCUACGGAGUCGCAAUUGCAGCCAUCGUUCUAAUGUUCUCAUUCUACACAUCUGGUGCCCCAUGUCAUUUGCCGAAAUUCUUCAUCUCGUUCAAUUUGAUUUUGUGCGUGAUCGUUUCGGUACUCUCAAUUCUACCGAGUAUUCAAGAGAGAAUGCCACGUUCCGGAUUACUUCAGUCCUCAUUCAUCACACUCUACACGAUGUAUAUCACUUGGUCGGCACUCAUCAAUAAUCCUGACAAAGAAUGCAAUCCAUCGAUCAUCAACAUAUUCACGAAUCGCACCACACCACAUGGCGAGGAGAUGUACGGCACUCCGCUACCGGCUGAAUCGUUGGUGUCGUUGCUGAUCUGGUUCAUUUGCGUGCUCUACGCAUCAUUCCGCACUUCAUCGAGCUUCAACAAGAUCGCUGGUGGAGGUCAAUCAAGCACCAUCGAUUCAUCAGAUAAUGAAGGUGACCCAGAAUCUGCGCGUGUGUGGGAUGAUGAAAAAGAUGCUGUCUCGUACAGUUAUUCAUUCUUCCACUUCGUUUUCGGUCUUGCGUCUCUCUACGUUAUGAUGACGCUGACCAGUUGGUACAAACCCGAUAACGAUCUUCGUCAUUUGAACAGUAAUAUGGCUGCAGUUUGGGUGAAAAUUGUCUCAUCAUGGCUUUGCUUGGUCAUCUAUUCAUGGACGUUGGCUGCACCGGCGAUAUUCCCGGAUCGUGAUUUCUCGUGA